GAAAUUAUUACUAAUUUGUCGAAAUUUAAUUUAUUGAUUUAAUUCUUUUUGUUGUUACCUCUAACUGUUACCUCCAUGCAAUAAAUACUUUUACCCAAAUACAUUUAAUUUCUUUCAUUGAACCAACAAUGGUCACUAUUCAACUAACGUCACAAGUUUUGUAUUAUUUCAGUGUGUGUGUCGUUUUUUGUGUGAAGUAUUAAUUUUAUUUCAACUGCCUCAUUACCAUGUUUUAAAAUAUGAAACCUCAUUGACAAUUAUUCCUGUUUUCAGUUUGUUUUUUGAAUGUUUUCACACUAGAACUGCGUAAAAUCUUCUUAAUUCAAGAAAAGAGGUUGUAUUAAUCUUUUGUGACCUUGAGUUCCAACAAACAUUUGUUUUAAAACAAUUAGCAAAGACGUCAAUAUUUAAGCAUGACUGCCCAAUAUUUUCAACAUAUUUAAAGAGUAUAUGUGUUUCUUUCCUGAUUGCUAAUGAAAGAUAUUUAUGACCUCAUUAAAUCAUCACUUCAAAAAAGUUUUGUUUCUUGAAGUUUGAUUCAUUAUAACCUUUGCUCGAUUUUCUGUUUUUUUUUAGAUUAUAUAAAUAUAUAUACUACAUAUAUUGCUAAAUGUAAAUUGAUAUUAUUCAAGCUUGCUUCUUCUGUACAUUAUAUUGUAAUAUAUCUCGAAAUUAUGGAAUAGUAUAUUCUACUAAGCUGUUGAAAUAACUUUGAUAUCAGAAAUCAUUAUUCAACAUCAAUAUGGAAAUAUCUGGAGUCCUAGACAUCUUCAAAACUCCGUUAUUUAGUAUUAAUAAUACAUUUUACUGUACUUUUGAAUAAGAUCGAAAAGCGGUCAGCAAUUUCAUUAUCAUUUACAUGUUUAAUCAAGUCAGUUAUCUGUUCACAAUUGAACUUUCGUGAUGUUCGAUAUUCACGAAAAAACACAUCUUAUUGUUUGUUUGUUUUUGUCAUAAAAAAGAAAGAAACGUCUAUUCCAACCCAUGAACUAAAUACAAAAUAGAUUGAUCUGUAUAUCCCAAGCUAGUUUGUCUAUACAAAAUGCCUGUACAAUAUAAGUGGAUGAACCAAUCCUAAUAUACAAUGUAUUUGUAUAUAUAUAUAAUUUCAGUUUAGUAGGUUAUAAUUCAAUUAUAAACAUUUAUCACUGGGAGAUGAAAAGCAGAUUAGACUGCUUAAUCAUAUUGCGAACCACAGCCUCUCAACUGGUUACCAGUCUAUGUCGGGUAAUAGGAUCAGUUAGCCAGUUAGUUUUUUCAGAUGCACGAAUUUGAAUAAUUGCAUAAAACUCACUCAUUUGUUUAAUAUUGAUUAGAGUUAACACAGUGAUUAUACUUUUGCUUUCUUUUAGAGCAAUAAUUGAGGCCAAAUAUGCGCUUAUGUAGCUACAGCCAAUUCCUUAACCAUAUGUAUUUGUAGUACAGGUACUUAUAAGUAACACAAUCUACAUUACAGAAUGGACUUGUUUGCAAUGUAAAAUGAAGAUAUAAUCAUUAUAUGACAACUGAAGACAACAAAUUAUUUGAUACAUGCAAAUAUUACUUCACUGUAAACUGAAAUCAAUCUUUAUUUCUUUCUGAAAUUGUUGUCGCAUAAAAAUAAAGAAUUCUAUAACCUGUAUAACUUUUAUAUAUUUUCCACUUUCCUAUAGCAAAUCUCUGGUCAUGAAACUAACUUUGUCAUAUUACUCAAGUUUAUUAUUCAAUGAUCUGUCAUGUCAUAAUAAUCCUUUACGCCAGUUGUUUGGUGAAUGUUGAAGAUUGGAAUUUUGUUUUUAUCUACAUGACAUGCAUAUUUUUUUGUUUAAGAUGAUUUAUUUAAGAGUUCUGUUUUUAUACCAACAUUUUUAUAUAUCACUAUUGAAAUAAGUAAUAAGAUGUGGAAAGAAAUAUUGCAUAACACAGUCUUUGCACUUUUAAUAUCAGGAUGUGUGAGUGUUUGUCCAAGUGAUUGGGAAGAAAACAAUGGAAAAUGUUAUUUCUUUUCAUUUGGUAAAGUAGCGGUUCUUCCAUGGCAUCAAGCCCAAUCACAGUGUGAAUCAUUGCUUGGAAACCUUGUUGUAAUUGAUGAUGCAUUGGAAAAUGAUUUCAUUGCAAAUCGAAUGGGAAAUGCUUUCGAUACAUUUAUUGGACUUCAUGACUUGAAUCAAUAUGACGAUUGGCAGUGGGUGGAUGGAUCACCAUUGACAUUCACUAAUUGGAUUCCUGGUCAACCAGAUCACUGGGACAGUGCACCAGGUGGAACUGAAAAUUGUGUGGCAUUACCUAGAGCUAAUAAAGGAUUGUGGAAUGAUCAGAGUUGUUCAAUUGCUUCCUCGUAUAUUUGUGAGCGAACAAAUGAUUUAGACACCAUACCCAAAUGUAAUGUUCAGGAUGGAUGGCAAGAACUAAUGCCUAAUCGAUGCUACUUAUUUGUCUCAGAUGCAGUGUCAUGGACGACUGCAAAUGAACAAUGCAAAUCAAUGGGAGCAGAUUUAGUUGCUAUCACAUCAGAUGCUGAACAGAGAGCAAUUUCUGUUGAAAUAGUUUCAAAAAACAAAAACACAUGGAUGGGUUUAUCAACAGUUAAUCAUGUUUCUCAAGACUUUUACUGGAGUAAUGAAGUUGAUUCAUAUUCAGACUUAUCAUAUAAUAAUUGGGCAGAUAGUGAACCUGUUGUCAGUUCUUAUUCUACUUGUGUGGAGUUGACUCCUGAUGCUGCAAAUUAUUCUCCAUGGAAAACACAACGCUGUGGAGAAGAGCAUUCUUACAUGUGUGAAAGUGCACCCACAGGAUCAUGUGCUGAUGGUUGGAGAUUAUCAGUCGGAAGAUGUUAUUUGUUUGUGCUUGCUCAGAAUGCAUGGGGAACAUGGGUUGAUGCAAGAGAUUAUUGCAAAGCCAUGGGAGCUAAUAUUCUAGUAAUUGAAACUGAAGAAGAACAGCAAUAUAUCAGCCAAGCAUUACCAGACUUUGUAGAUGCUGGAGCUCAGGAAUUUUGGCUCGGUAUAUCUGAUUCAAUAGAGGAUGGAAAUUUUAUGUGGGAGGAUGAAGCUAAUACACCUGUGUCUUCUGGUUCAUACAUAAACUGGAAUAAGAAUCAGCCAUUGAAUAGAGAGGAUACAUGGGAUUGUGUUCAAGUUUACACAGGAUUUUAUCUCGGAAGAUGGGAAACAGCAGAUUGCUUUCAACAGCAGCCUUAUAUUUGUGAAAUGGAUCCAGGAGUGGAACCAAAACCAAUUGUACCCAUCGCAAACACACACAAAGGAUGUGAUCCAGGAUGGUUAUGGUUUGAUGGAAAUUGUUAUUACUUUAAUUAUGAUAAAAUGAUUCAAUGGAGUGAAGCAGAACUAAAAUGUAUUGAAAUGAAUUCCCACUUGACAAGUGUGCACUCUGGAGAAGAAAAUUCAUUCAUUAUAGAUCACACCAGUGCUAGUACCUGGAUUGGAGGACAUGCUGUUUUGAAUCUCUAUGCUUUUCAGUGGUCUGACAAUUCACCAUGGGAUUUUACCAACUGGGCAGCUGGAGAACCUAAUAAUCUUGAUCAAGGAUGUGCACAGUUAUGGGAUGCUGCAGGGUAUAUGUGGGAUGAUGCCGCUUGCACUGUAUUAAAAAAUUAUGCCUGUAAGAAAGCUGAACAAGACUGUUGGGAACCUCUUGGAAUGGAAGACAGAAGAAUUUUAGAUGCCCAAAUAACAUCAUCUUCAGACUGGAACGCAAAUCACGCAGCUCGUUUUGGAAGACUCAAUAAUUAUCCAGAUGGAAGCAAUAUUGGUGCCUGGGCUUGUGGUGGCGACACACAACAGCCUGAUGUUGCAUGGUUUCAAGUACAACUUGUUCCUCAACGAACCGUGUUUGGUAUCACAACUCAAGGUCGUCCUAGAGAUCAUGAUCAGUAUGUCAAGUCAUACAAAGUUUCUUAUUCAGAUGAUGGAAAUAGUUGGACUUUUAUAAAAGAUAACACUGGCACUGACAAGAUCUAUGUUGGUAAUACUGACAUGAAUUCAAAAGUCACUAAUAAAUUGCCAGAUCCGAUUGUAACAAAAUAUAUUAGAAUAUGGCCAAUGACCUACUUUGGACAUAUGUCAAUGAGAGUUGAAUUACUUGGAUGUCAAGACGAUGGUGAUGAUUUACCAACUAUAUCACCACAAACAGAAUGCACCAGCGUCAGUUAUCAGGACCGAUUAGAUUGUGGAUAUCCUGGAGUCACAGCAACAGAAUGUAGAAAUAGAGGAUGCUGUUGGGAUAAUGGUGUUCCUGAUACUAUUUGGUGUUUUUACAAACAAGAUGAUUAUGAUCCCCGAUGUGGCAAAGAUUGGAUUUACGAUCCUGGUGGCCAAUUCUUUUGUUAUCAUUUUAAUCCUUAUAAAAUAAGAGACUGGCAAGAUGCUCAACUUCAUUGCUACAAUCUUGGAGGAGAUUUACUCAGCAUUAAUUCAAUGCAUGAGCAAUAUUAUGUUACUGCUCAUGUAACUGGACUUGUGUCAGCAUCUGCUCUCUGGAUUGGUGCAAACCAGCUGGACAAAAGUGCAGGGUGGAAAUGGACAGAUGGUGGACCAUUCAAUUACAAAUAUUGGCGUAGCGGAGAGCCAAACAACUGGACAGGUGAAGAAGAUUGUGUUGAGAUGUAUACAUAUGAUGGAACAUGGAAUGAUAAUCCUUGUUUUUAUCAACGUGGCAUUGCUUGCAAAAAACAAAGCAAUAAUUUUCCAAUUUCACAAGAUGAUGAUGGUAACUAUGUUGAAAACAUUUGUGAAGGAGAAACUGGAACUCUGUUUUGUGGUGGAAAUUUGGUUAUUCUUGUUCAUCAUGCUUCAUAUGGAAGGAAUAAUCCAUUAACGUGUGGUGGAGGUGAUGCUGUUCCAUCAGGUGGAUGUCAUACAUCAAGCUCAUUUGAGCUGGUAUCACAACAAUGUAAUGGUAGAUCCAGUUGUCAGCUAUCUGCAACAAAUGAAAAUUUUGGAGACCCAUGUGUUGGAACGUACAAAUAUCUGAACAUUAUUUACAGCUGUGAAACAAAUACAUGCUUGGAACAACUAGGUAUGGAAAAUGGAACAAUUUCUGAUAGUAUGAUAUCGGAAUCAUCAUCUAUCGAUAGCAGUCACUCUGGAAAAAAUGGAAGAUUGAAUAGCGCAAGAUCUUGGGCAACUAAUGGAGGAGAAGGUGCUUGGAUACAAGUUUUAUUACCUAAGCAUCAAAAAGUUUCUGGAAUAAAGAUACAAGGUGCAAACGACGCUGAUAGAUGGGUUACAACAUUCAAGAUUUCCUAUGCUAAAGAUGCAUCUAACACGGAAUGGAUAGAAUAUGAAAAUUAUGACAAUAUUGUGGAAGUAUUUACUGGCAGCAGUGAUAAAAACACAGUAAAUACUGUAUUACUGGCUGAAAGAGUUUAUACAACUGGCAUACGUUUAUAUCCUGUAACAUGGAAUGGUAAUACAAUUGGAAUGAGAAUGGAUAUAAUGGGAUGUAAUCCGUUCCAGGAAAUAACAUGCAAUACAAUUGGUGAUGAAAUAUUUGUAUCUGGAGAUGCAGAUACAGAAACAACAAGAGAAGUAGAUUGUCCAUCUUAUUGUACUGAAAUUCUUGCGUAUCAAUAUGACAUUUAUGGUGAUCUAGUAUAUUCUGGGAAUUCACAAGUUUGUAGUGCUGCAAUUCAUGCUGGAGUAUUAUUAGAUCGACUUGGUGGUGCUGUUACUUUGAAAGCAGAAAUGGGCCUCAGUUCAUACAAAGGAACAGAAAGGCAUGGAGUACAUUCACAAGAUUUGGACAGAUAUACACCACUCGCCUUUUCUUUUACAAAUGCAGAAAUGAAUUGCCCAACAGGAUGGUUACCUUAUGAUCAAUUUUGUUAUAUGAUCAUUUCUGAUGAAGUGCCGUGGCAAAGUGGUGAGGUUGCUUGUCAACUGAUGAAUGCAAAUCUUGUUUCGAUUAAAAAUCCUGCUGAGCAAGAUUUUGUUUGGCAAGUAAUGACACUGAGUGGACAAACAGAUUUGUGGAUCGGUCUUAGCAGUGUUAUUUCAGCCAAUGAAUAUCAAUGGACAGAUGGAACCUUGGUUAUAUAUACUGAAUGGGACGUCCGACAACCAGACAGAAGUGUUCAAAGUUGUGCCCAUUUGUCUGUUGAAACUGGAAAAUGGGAUGAUGAUAUUUGUGAACUCCUUCGACCCUUUAUGUGCAAAAUGUCGAAAGGAUAUUAUACACAUGAUCCUGGAUCAGAACCUACUGUGCCACCAGGCUGUGAUGAAGGUUGGGUUCCAUAUCACGGGCUCUGUUACUUAUUUGAUAGACAACCGUUCACUUAUCAAGAUUCAAAGAAAUUUUGUACUGACAAUGGUGGGGAACCUGUUGCCAUUCUUGAUAAAUAUACACAGAGUUUCCUUCACACCAUAAUUGGUGCUGAAGAUUUCAGAUGGUGGUUAGGAUUGACAGGAACUCCCAUAAUUGGUGGAUCAUCAUGGACUUGGGAGAAUGGGUAUCCACUUAAUGCAUAUGACAAUUGGGGUUUUGGAAACCCAGAUAUAACUAACGGAGAAUGUGCAGUAUUUUAUGGAGGACAAAUUGGUUCUGGUAUGUGGUACAGCUACAGAUGUGAAAAUCAUGCUUUUUCUAUUUGUCAAAGCCAACGUGUAGGUUACACUCCACCGCCUAAAACAACGCCUCCACCCUCUGGUGGCUGUCCUGGUGAUUGGUGGACUCCUGAUGAAAACAGUGGGUUUUGUUAUAGAGCCUACAUGCCUGAAGGAAAUGCCUGGGAUGUUCCAGUGUCUUGGAAUAACGCUUAUCAUCAGUGUCUGGCAACAGGAGGUGAUCUGGUUUCAAUACACUCUGUGGAGGAAGACACAUUCCUUUUAACUUUGUUGAAAAACACCUUGGGUGGAGAAUCCUAUGGAUUUUGGAUUGGUUUAAACAGCAAGGCAACUACAUCAGAAAUUAUUGAAAGUGGCUGGGAAUGGACAGAUGGAUCUGCUGUAAAUUAUUUAAGCUGGUCACCUGGAUAUCCUGAUAAUCUUCGUGAAAGAAGUUGUGUUGAAUUGAGAUAUGAAGGAGAUCUUGGACUUGGUGCCUGGAGAAAUAUUGAUUGCAAUCAACAACGUGAUUGGAUCUGUAAGUUGAAGAAAGGAAUAGACGUUGUUUCUCCAACGGAACCACCAGCAGGAAAUCCAAAUCCACAAUGUGGAUCUGCUGAUGAUGGAACUUGGAUUGAAUAUGAUGGAUGGUGUUAUCUAUUUAAUGAUUUUGAAAUGACAAAUUUCCAUGCUGCUGAAGACACAUGUAUGACAAAUGGUGGACAUCUGAUAUCACUACACAGUCAUAAUGAACAAUCGUUUGUGACAGGACAAUUAAAGACAUUCAAUCGUACAAUAAGAUUUUGGAUUGGAAUGCAAGAAUUUGGUGGGGUUGAUGGCGAAUUUGUAUGGCUGGAUGGAACUCCAAUUGAUUUUGUCAACUGGAAUCCUGGUGAACCAAAUGAUACAAAAGGUAGUGAACAGUGUGUUGAAAUAUUGCAAAGGAAUGGUAAAUGGAAUGAUGGAAAUUGUGCACUUGAAAUCGCCGGUUACAUAUGUAAAAAAAGACUCGGAGAUCCUCCAAAUCCACCCCAACCAACAGAACAAUGGCCAGGUGGAUGUCCAUCUGAAUGGUUGAUGUAUGAUAAUUACUGUUACCAAGUUCAUGGAGAAUACACAGUUUGUGCAACAGACUCGACAGAUUGGAGUGAUGGAGAAUGUCGUGCGGGAUGGUACGAAGCUCGUGAUAAAUGCCGAGAUAUUGGUGGUGAUUUGGUCACAAUUCAUAACAAAUAUGAAAAUGCUUUUGUUUCUGCUCAAAUAAUGAGGGUUCCAACAAAUGUUUGGAUAGGAAUGAACGAUGAGCAUUGGUAUGAUCAAUAUACAUGGUCAACUGGAGAACAAGUCACAUAUACUAAUUGGUACACAGGUGAACCAAAUCAUUGGAAUAAUGAAGAACGCUGUGUUGAAAUGCAUCAUAGAGAAGAUGUUGUUGGAAGAUGGAAUGACAUCCGAUGUGACAACGCUGUUUCAUAUGUUUGCCAAAUGAAGAAGGAUCCAACCAUAUCAGAAGGAUUACAGAUUAAUAAUAAUAAUAAAUGUCCCAAGGGAUGGUUGCAAUAUGAUACCAUCAAUGGUAACUAUAUUUGCUAUUAUCUGGAAAUGAUGGAACGUUCAUUUGAUGACUCAAUAGCAAACUGCCGAAAAAUGAAAUCUGGUGCAAACUUGGCCAGUUAUCAGACGAUGUAUGAACAACAUUUUGUUACAAGUUAUAUUCGAGAUACAACAGCGUGGAUUGGGAUGAGAUAUGAUAUGGAUGGUGAUGAAGAUUCAAAUCAAUGGAAAUGGGUUGACGAUUGGCCAGUAUGGAUUUCAAAUUGGGGUGAAUAUGAACCAGGAUCUGAUCUUAACAAACUUGUGUGUUGAACAAGGAUUCUAUUUUGGGAUCAGAAUGGAUCACAGAAAGUUGUGAUGCUUUGUAUCCUUCUGUAUGUAGAUGGACCACAGAAAAUAUCCGGCCCACACCUGGCGAAGUAGAAGGAACAUGCAUAGAUGACUCGUGGCAACAAUAUGGUGGUUUUUGUUACAAAGCUUUUCCAUCAAUGGGCGAUCCUAUGAG